AUGCUGGCAGCUGGCACGUUUAUUUUCUUGUGUGGCGUAUCCGUAUCAUUGGUGUUGAUUGUGGCAUCAUGGAGUCAACGAUGGCAUUUGCACGCGAGCGUCUCCGUGGCGUUGUUUCCAGUCGCUGCGGUGAUAGCGCUCGGAUUCUCGGUAUGUGCGCAGAAAAUUGUUGAGUAUAUACACGAAACAGCAAAGCUCAACGUGGUUCCCCCAUUCCUUUCCCAAAUGGCACUGAGAAUACGCCCCAUUGCUGGUGACGCCAUUACGUUUUUUGAUAUUCAAAUUGUGGCAAUUCUUCUUUUUUUGUGCUACGCGUCGGUGGUGUUGCAGCGGCAUCUCGUAGACAUCUCACGUCUCUUGAAGAUAUCGCGUCGGCGUAUAUUUAUGAAGCAACAGUGA